AUGCAGGUGAUAAGGUUCGGUAUAAGAGCUGCAGGAAAGUUUCUUAUUGCCAGUUUUGCUAUGAAGUUCGUACUUCUUUCUGUGUUCCUCUGCGGUGUUGUGCUCUCUAUGCCUCAAAAUGUGAAACCUGCCAAAUUCGAUAACUGUGGUGCUAAAGCCGUGAAACAGUUCAAGCUUAUCGCAACUGGAAAUGCAAAAAUGGACAUUGCUUGUGAAAUGUGCCUUGACUUGGUCCUUAUUGCUGAAACAUAUGCUGAAUGCGGAGAAGCGGAAGCCGAAGCUGCCCUGGAAAAGAAGUGUGACGCUGAUUUCAGUUCGCCAGCAACUGACAAAAUGUGUCGUAGCAUGGUCCGUAGCAUUGCUCAUGAAGUGAUCGAAGACACCGAGCAGGAUCCGAGCAAAGUUUGCUUGAAGGUGAUCCACAAACAGUGUAGCUACAGUUCUAUUUAA